AGGCGCCACACCAAUUCCUCUCUCCCUCUCUAGCACUCUCUCUACUUCAGCUGGAAGCUUCUGUCUUCUGAGACCUCCAAUGGAGAUCCACUUUCAGCAGCAGCAGCCCGGAGGAGAAGCCGACAUUCCCGUGACGAAGCUUGGCAACAGGUUCAAGCCCAGGAGCCGUGGCCACGGCAACGUUAGCAACAAGUACGUCGGCGUGAGGCAGAGGCCCUCCGGGAGGUGGGUCGCCGAGAUCAAGGACACCACCCAGAAGAUCAGGAUGUGGCUCGGCACCUACGAGACCGCGGAAGAGGCCGCUCGGGCCUACGACCAGGCCGCGUGCCUCCUUCGCGGAUCCAACACCCGCACCAACUUCGCGACACACGCCGUCUCCUCCGACUCGGCCCUCGCUUCUCGCAUCCGGAACCUCCUCAACAACAAGAAGGGAGGCACUAACCAACCGAGUUUCGAUGCCUCUCUUUCUUCGACGACGGGUACUGCUACUACUGGUACCUCGACCACGGCUAAGACUACUACUAGUGCUACUCACUCAUGCAGUAGCACGAGCUGCAGUAGCAAUAGUUGCACGGAUAGUGGCAGCACUCUAUCUGCUGAUGACAAGAUCAACUCGGAAGCCAUCCAGGUUUUCAGCGAGGAUGUAUACAAGCCGGAUUUAAGCCACUGCGGGGACGAGUUGGAGUUGAUUUCUUCGAAGUACAAUUUGUCCUGGGCUCCUGAGCAUGGGUUCGAUAGGUUCUCGUACGCGCAGGAGGUCAUGGAAUUGCCGAACAGCAUUAAGGCCGGUCCAGCCGACGAGUCGGACGAAAUGGGGGAGUUAUCACCGUUCGACAGGAUGCAAGUGGAGAGACAGAUUUCCGCAUCGCUGUACGCCAUGAACGGGUUGCAGGAGUACAUGGAAACCGUCCAUGAUCCGUCCGAGGGUCUGUGGGAUCUCCCUCCCCUGUGUUCAUUGUUAUGCUGACCCAAACAUUUUCACGGCUCUUGAAAAGUUCAUAGAACCAGCUUCUCUGUGCUAGUUGCUUUCAGAUUCUUUAUAAUAAAUUUUCGUGUGCUAUUAAUCCAAAGAAAUUUGAACUCUGUAAUCGGGGACAAAGUUCCAGUUCAGAAUCAACAAGCCUGACGACUUCCGACAAUCUCUCCUCAUUUGGAAAUCCGAAUCUCUCUCUCUCUCCCACCAAGCACAUGGAUACAGCAGAUAGACGAGAGUAGCUGUAAGAUGCAUUUCCAGUCAAACCUUACGAGUCUUGACAGCGCUCUCUUGUUUACGUGUAUCAGAAACACAUGGUGGAACCAUAUAAUUUGGUGUCCGCCAGAAUCUCCACCUUCAAAUACGCU